AUGGCCUCUCGAUUCUCUGUCUCAUGGUUCCUGAGCCACACUGCGUCCGGUGUACUAGCACUGACGUUCAAUGUGCCCUCGACGCCGCCAGCGAAUGCUAGUAACCAACUCUCUGCUGCCCCGGUGGGAGUUUCACUGGAAUUCUUCACUUUCCCCGGAUACUUCAAUGACGUUCCCGCGACGACCACUUGCCUGGAGAACCUGAAAGAGUUGACGGGAACAUGGCCGCCCAUGAGGAUCGGGGGGACUACACAGUAUGUGCUACCGCGACUAAACUCCUCCACGUGGCAGUCACUCAUUAGGGCCAGAGACCGCGCCACAUACGACGCAGCCUCCAGCGAAGCAGUCACCUAUUCCGUAGAUGAUCCCGCUGACGCGCCAUUGUCACUCACGUACGGCCCGUCGUUUAUCACUCUGGCAUCGGAGUAUAGUGGAAGCGUGGUCUUAGGCCUGAACCGCCGGCUGAAUGACAUCGAGAACACGAUCAGCGCCGCGAGUAGGGCAGUCAGCGAGAUGGGCGAUCUGCAGGCUAUCGAGUUGGGAAAUGAGCCGAAUUUUUUCGCGGACGAUGAUCCCAUAGCGAACGGGGCUUCCUGGACGGCAUCGGCAGACUAUGCCUCCCAGAUCUCCUGGCAAGACGCCGUGUGCGGCAACCUCUCGGUGACCGAUCUCAUCUCGGCUGGUGUAUACUUUGGGACCUCGCCAAUGAGCAUCCAGGCGUUGUCGCAGGAAGAGGGAGAGGCAAAUGUGUACGUCAAGGAAUACUCCUCCCAUAAUUAUCCACAGUCGCAGAGCACAGCAAAUUUGGCUGCGCUCAUGAGCCACAGUGGGAUCGCAGCCCAGAUUGCCGGGUUCAGAGGCGAGGUUGAGGCUGCGAAUGCUGUUGGCAAAGCGCACGUUUUUGGAGAGACCAAUUCGGUAUAUUCUGCAUCAGCUACGCAAGGCGGUGGGGGCAUCAGUCCAACAUUUGGGGCGGCGCUGUGGAUAGUAGACUAUGUGAUGCAGCUGGUCACCAUGGGCACGGAGGCGCUGUACUUCCACCAAGGCACCAUCGGCAACUGCCAGUACUGCUGGUGGGGACGAUACACGACUGGUGCUCCCUACUACGGGGCGUACUUUGCGACCAUGGCACUGGCGCAAGCCGACCAUAUCGCGCCCCUGGACGACCAGAGCACCUCCUAUGCAGCGUAUGCUAUCUACAAAUACGGCGCUCCUGUGAAAGUUUUGCUGUAUAACUCCGAGUACUAUACCAGCGGGACGCGUCCGAGCCAGACGUAUACGUUGACUGGAUUGACUUCGGCUGCGGUGACUGCGAAGAGGUUAACGGCGCCGUAUUCGACGUCUCGGGUGGACCGGGGAGAGUCUCCAACGGUUGCAGGGCAGACUUUUGGUAAUGGGGAUUGUGUAGUAGAGGGGGACGAGGUCCUUGAGACCGCUACUGUGCAAGGGGGGCAAGCCAGUUUCACCGUCAGUGCUUCAGAGGCCCUGUUGGUAUAUCUACAGCCAUAA